AUGGACGCCGACCAAUUCCGGCAGGCUGCCCAAUCAGCCAUUGAAGAAAUUAUCGAACACUUCAACACUCUUCCCUCCCGCCGUGUCCUCCCAAACAUAGAACCUGGAUAUCUUCGCCCGCUCCUCCCUCAAUCCCCUCCCAAAAGCCCGGAAUCAUGGGACCAAAUACAACAGGACAUCGAAUCCAAAAUCAAGCCUGGCCUGACGCACUGGCAAUCCCCCCAUUUUAUGGCCUUCUUCCCUGCGCUCACGACGUACCCUAGUAUUUUAGCCGAAAUAUACUCUGCGGCGUUUAGCGCACCGGCGUUCAACUGGCUAUGCUCUCCUGCCUGCACGGAGCUGGAGAUUGUCGUGCUGGACUGGGUCGCACAGGCUAUUGGAUUGCCGGAAUGUUUCCACAGCACGGGGCCGACAAGAGGCGGUGGUGUGAUUCAGGGUAGCGCGAGUGAGGCUGUCGUCACGGUCAUGGUCGCCGCGAGAGAGCGGAUGCUUCGCGAUCUCGCGACGGCCGAAGGUCUAAAGGAAGACACGCCAGAAUGGGAGGACAGAGUUAUGGUCCUCCGUGGCAAGCUCGUCGCAAUCGGCAGCGACCAAGCGCACAGCUGCACCGCCAAAGGCGCCCGGAUCGUUGGAACCCGCUACCGUACUGUUCCCACAGCCCUAGAGGACAAUUUUGACAUGACCGGAGAAUCAGUCCGCAAAGUCCUCGAAGAGUGUGAAGCCGCUGGCCUGAUUCCUUACUACAUCACCACCACCAUGGGCACAACAAGCACAUGCGCAACAGAUCGAUUUGCUGAAAUCAAAGCCGUCCUCGCAUCCCGACCUUCGUGGCAGAAGAUAUGGGUGCACAUUGACGCAGCGUACGCCGGAGCAGCGCUCAUCACCCCCGAAUACCAACCCAUCGCGCGCGAAUGGAGCACCGGGAUCGACAGCUUCAACUUCAACAUGCACAAAUGGCUCUUGGUCAAUUUCGACGCUAGCUGCCUCUUCGUCCGCAAUCGGACGGAUCUCACAUCCGCCAUGGACAUCACGCCCGCUUACCUACGCAACCCGUACUCUGACCGCCCGGAUACCGUGGACUUCCGGAACUGGCAGAUCCCGCUGGGUCGACGAUUCCGUGCCCUCAAGAUUUGGUUUGUGAUGCGUGCGUAUGGCUUGUCAGGGAUGAAAGCGUUUAUCUACAAGGGCUUGCAUCACGGUGACGUGUUUGUGGAAUUGUUCGGCGGCAGGAAAGAUUUGUUCACCGUCGUCACGCCGCCCGCGUUUGGGCUGACUGUCUUCCGUAUCUCUGAUGAGGCGGCUGCCGCGGCUGGGAGUGCGAGCGGUGCGCUUACGCGUCAGGUUUAUGAGAAGAUCAAUGCAGAUGGUGAUAUAUUCAUCACGUCCUCCGUUGUUGGUGGAAUAUAUGUGAUGCGGGUACUGAGCGGAUCAUGGCUCUCGGAGGAGAAGUACGUUCGUAACGCAUUUGAGAUUAUCCUGAAAACAACAGAGGAGGUACUGUCAGGGAAGCCAAACGGAGCGGAAGGGCCAAAGAAUUGA